UCUGUUAUCGUCAUGGCUCGUACAAAGCAGACCGCUCGCAAGUCCACCGGCGGCAAGGCACCGCGCAAGCAGCUGGCCACCAAGGCGGCCCGCAAGAGCGCGCCGGCCACGGGCGGCGUGAAGAAGCCGCACCGCUACCGGCCCGGCACGGUGGCCCUGCGCGAGAUCCGCCGCUACCAGAAGUCCACGGAGCUGCUGAUCCGCAAGCUGCCGUUCCAGCGCCUGGUGCGCGAGAUCGCGCAGGACUUCAAGACCGACCUGCGCUUCCAGAGCUCGGCCGUGAUGGCGCUGCAGGAGGCGUGCGAGGCCUACCUGGUGGGGCUCUUCGAGGACACCAACCUGUGUGCCAUCCACGCCAAGCGCGUCACCAUCAUGCCCAAGGACAUCCAGCUCGCCCGCCGCAUCCGCGGGGAGAGGGCGCAGUUAAUAAACAACAAUCGGAAGAAAAACCUCUCUUCUCAGACAAUUUUUCUCACACUGAGGCAGGAGAUAGAUGAGCCCCAGGCUGAGCAACUGGAGUUUGUCGCCUGUGGCCAGAUACUCCAAGACAAAGUUUUCAAAAAGGUCCGCUUCCGGAUUUUAAAUAGGAAUUUCGGUGUGCUCUCCCUGUUUGUGAGUACAGUACUUCAUCUAGUCUUAGUGAUGUCUGGACGUGGCAAAGGCGGGAAGGGCUUGGGUAAAGGAGGCGCCAAGCGCCACCGCAAAGUCCUGCGGGAUAACAUUCAAGGGAUCACAAAACCUGCAAUCCGUCGCCUGGCUCGUCGCGGUGGAGUAAAGCGCAUCUCAGGUCUUAUUUAUGAGGAGACCCGCGGGGUUCUGAAAGUGUUUCUGGAGAACGUAAUUCGGGACGCGGUCACCUAUACCGAGCACGCCAAGCGCAAGACUGUCACGGCCAUGGACGUGGUCUACGCGCUCAAGCGCCAGGGACGCACUCUCUACGGAUUUGGCGAUGGUGUACUUGGUGACAGCCUUGGUGCCCUCGGACACGGCGUGCUUGGCCAGCACCCCGGGCAGCAGCAGGCCCACGGCCUUCUGAAUCUCCCUGAAUGUGAUGGACAAGUGCUUGUUUUAAAGCUCCAGGAGCGACGCCUCGCCCGAGAUGCAAAGAUGUUAUUGACAAACGAGUUCAUGAUGCCCAUGGCCUUGGACGAGAUGCUGGGGUCCGAGUGGACCUACUUGCAGCACUUUACCGACAUAGAUAAAGAUAGAAUAGCUCUCCUUAUGGCCGCACUUGCGUUUCUUGCCAUUUUUCUUCUGAACCUGAUAAUGGCGCGUACAAAGCAAACUGCUCGUAAGUCGACCGGCGGCAAGGCGCCGCGCAAACAGCUGGCCACCAAGGCGGCCCGCAAGAGCGCGCCGGCCACGGGCGGCGUGAAGAAGCCGCACCGCUACCGGCCCGGCACGGUGGCCCUGCGCGAGAUCCGCCGCUACCAGAAGUCCACGGAGCUGCUGAUCCGCAAGCUGCCGUUCCAGCGCCUGGUGCGCGAGAUCGCGCAGGACUUCAAGACCGACCUGCGCUUCCAGAGCUCGGCCGUGAUGGCGCUGCAGGAGGCGUGCGAGGCCUACCUGGUGGGGCUCUUCGAGGACACCAACCUGUGUGCCAUCCACGCCAAGCGCGUCACCAUCAUGCCCAAGGACAUCCAGCUUGCCCGCCGCAUCCGCGGCGAGAGAGCAUAAAUUAUUAUUGCCAACAAGUGCCAACUUAAAACCCAAAGGCUCUUUUCAGA